CGCGUCCCGUCGCGUGGCGGGCGCGGCGGUGUAAACGGAAUCGACGGCGACGACGAAAACGACGGAGAAGUAGACGCAGACGCAAGCGUCGCCGUCGUCGCCCUCGGUGCGCCAACACGGACGACGCGAGGGAAGAUCGCCGUCCUCCUUGACGCAAGCAGCGAUGGCGCUCAAUCAAAACGACCCGAGCUGGCGAGCGGUUUUACCGGGGAGAGAGAAUGAUGGCGUACGAUUACCCGGAGAUGAACCAGAUGAUCUCACGCGCGCGCUCGCGGCGAGUGGUUUCGAUGACGACGAGCCGUCGACGACGAGUUCGGACGCGUACGUCACCGACGUAGAGGACGACGGCGACAUGCGCGCGGGUGACGCGAGCGAUUCAGAUGAUGACGGCGAAGACGCGGAUGCAUUCGAAGAUGCCGCAGAAACACUCGCAAGGGGUCAGGACGCGGCGAUCACCACAGGUUUACUGAGUGGUGUGAAGAAGCCCGCUUCGUCGCACGGUACGAGGUCUCGUCGGAGCGGAGCGAGUACUCGCCGCUCAGGGGAUGCAACCGAACGAGGGCGAAAGAAAAGUGCCUCGGGCAAGUCAUCGAAAGAAGCCCUGCGUCGGAAGGCGGAGCGCCGAGCAUAUAAACCGGUGACCUUCACACUUUUGUGUCGCCUGUUCUGCUUGUACGCUUCCUUCAUGGCGCUAGUCUUCGCGUUCGUCAUCGUCACUGCGCUCGGCGCCUACCUCAAUCCAACUGGGGAAGUGUUGGAGUUAAAUGCAUUAGAAAACGUGGUUUGGAUGAUUAUUUCGGUCGCGAGCUUCAUAGCGAUUCCUUCAGCCGUCGCUCACGUCACGGCGUACCUCACCUGGCCGCCGGUGUGGUUAGAGGCUUAUCCCGACCGUUCAAAGCUAUUGGAGGAGCUAGGCGGAAAAAUUUACUUUAGAUUCCACAUAUCACGUGACGCGAAGCCACUUGCAGUGAAGCGCGCUGUGGACGUGGCGGUGGAUAUUCUGCAACGCGCAAUACCGACGACGUUGUUUGAAAUCGAAGUGGUGACGACAAAAGAGAUUGGCGUGUCGUCGUCGUGCGUCAGCGAGCUUGUGGUUCCAUUGGAGAUGAAUUACAAAGUUCAAGGAAGCAGCGGGUUGUUGAACUUCGCCACGCGUGCAAGUUCGGCGACAUGGGGAGACUGGGUGGUGCAUUUAGGAUCGGAUUCGUUGCUGAACGUGCGAGCGGUUGAUGCCGUGCUCGCACACUGCGCGCGAGAAACACGUCUCGCGGCUUUGUCUGGGCGUGGGGACACACACGUGCGCCGGCUCGCGCAAGGUGCGGUGCUUCCUGGAAUCACUCGAACAUCGAAUUCCUUCAUCGAUGGCGUCGAAAGCGUGUUUCAAUGGAUCCCAGCCAUGGCAGAGUGCAUCCGCGCAGGCGAAUCGUACGGUGCGUUACGAAUGAUGUAUGCGAAGCACUCGCGCGUCGUCGCUCCGAUUCCGAACACAUAUUUAGUAGUUCCAAACGAACUCGAGCUCGCAGUUGGGUUCGCCGACAUGGACGUGCACGACGGCUUUGAGCUCACGGCUUUCGCGUUGCGAUGUUCAAACAACGGCGUCAAGUUCUCCUGGUUGGAUGCGGGCGUUCACGUGCCGAUACCGACGAGCAACGUCUGGAAAUUGUUUAAACUUCGAGCGCGAGAUCACCAUAGUGCGCUGGUUUUGAUGCGCGACGAGAGUGCGCUCGAUCACUCGCAUCGCGCUUCUUUAACGCUUGCGUGCGUGAGCGCGGGCUUCUCGACCAUCGCUCCCGUGCUCAGCGCUUUCGCUCCUUGGUGUUUGCGUUCGAGCGGCGCGGACACGUUUGCAGUCUCUUGCAUCGUUGGUUUCAUCACCGCUUGUGUGACAUUCAAGUAUGCCAUUGGGUUUUACAAGAGCGCGUCCGUCGCCGAUUUAUCGCAAGGUGUCGUGUCCGGCGCAAUAUAUUACAACAUCCUAUUUGUGUUGACGAUUGUCUUGACGCCUCUCUUUUCGGUGUUUGAGUUCAUCGCGCUGUGUACGUCGUUGUUCUACGACCCGAAGUACUUUGGUGGCGAAUCUCAAGCGGCACGUGGACCCCGAGUGAGUAUCCUGAAGGAUGACGACGACAUCGACUGGCUCGAACGCGGGCAAAUGCGUCGAGACGACGAUCAACAAGUUUUGCUCGACGACGAGGCGUCGCCGAGCGAGGCGGACCGCGCGUGGAGAAGGACGUCUUGAACGGAAGCAUAGAAACCUAGAAACACAUGUGGUA